CGAUCUGUUCACACAGUCACGCCGUGGGGACCUCUGACAGUAUGGGGACCAAAAUCGAGGUCCCCAUGAGGGAAAGUGCUUUAAAUGAAUGCAGGAGUCAAUCUGAAGGUGCCUGUGUGAUUUUUAGCUUUGGCCCAUAAUUCACAAAUUUCUGUUUUUAUUUUCGGGACACACACACACACAGAUUUCUCACUAUCGCCCCCUAGAAUCCCAAGUUGGUAUUGCAACUAAUAGUUCACACACACCACUACCAAAUAUGGUAGGUACCGCCCCUUCCUGGUCCCCAUAAUGUAUGAAUUCACAAACUAAGAACUUUUUUCAGUGUUAAUCAACAAUUAGGCUAUUGGAAACGUUUAUUUGCAAUAGAUGCCAACUACAUUGCUAAGAAGUUGUGCAGAGAAGACGCAAGUUAUAUAUCGCCAUAGGCAGAUUACUUUAGCAUGUUCUAAUUGUGUGCUUGUGUGCACAAAGUAAGUUAGAUAUCAACGAGUUCUCAAUUUAACACAAAACAAGUUCACGUGUACAUUGCAUGUUUUAAAGCGUAUUAAGAAAAAGUAAUGCCUAAUUAGCCUGCGCCAGUGGUUAGGAGUAACCCACAACCACAUUAACUGGUGCUGUAAAUUGAUAAGCCAGUGCAACGGGACAAUGCAAAGUUGUCAGAAACCGAUUUUAUGCAGUGUAUUAUGGCAGAUGCUAGAUUAAAAUAUCAGAUUUUCAAGUACUAGGUGCUGUGUGGUUUCUUUAAUUUAGAUGUAGGCUACUGUGCCGACAUUGUCGUUUAAAAUAUGUUUGCCUACCCUGGCGAUCGUGUCAAACUCUGCCUAUGAAUAUCGCACGCAUGUUUACAAUACAAACAAUGGUUAUGACACAAAAUACUGUAAAAUAAAUAGUCUUCUACAUAUAUCAGGGAUAUUUGUAUUUGCGACAGCAGAAUGGUGCUUUAACCAUGGCUCUUGAUUGCUGGCAACCUGCGCGCUCUCUGACGUGACUGCCUCUUCGGUGGCCGUCCGGGGAGAACGCAUGCAUGUUCGGUUCAAUGUUUACAGCAUUGGCAAUUUUAUUCAAUACAAAAUACAACUUAUAGGAAUUGUAAUUGCUUUAUAAUUAAUUGAGUGUUCGAUUGAAAUAAUAUAUUGCUUGAUAUAGUAAAAUCAAUAAAACAUGACUUCUUAAUAGUGAAUUAGAAUUUAUAGAUAUGGUAUUUUUCCAUAAUAAUAAUAAGAUUAAACAUAUAUUUCCGAUUGUCCAAACAAUACAUUCUUCCAAUGCUAGCAAGGGGCUUGUGACUUUGGCCGUUUGCUUUUAAUGUGAAAUCAGACAGGAAGUCAAAUGUACCUUCAGGUUCAUAUCAACCUCAAUCUAGAAGAAGAGCCUAUUAUCUCUGUGAAACCUUCGAAUUUGAUGCAUAUUAAAGAUUUACCCGGAGCAAGUGGCGUGUUCAUUUGAAAUGCCACCAAGAAUCAGUCCCCUCACAGAUGCCUGUCACCAUGUCGGUUUAAAGACUGACAAAACAUGGAAACUGGAGGUGAAGUACAUCAAUGCAAUAAAAGGGCGUGGGGUGUUCGCCAUAGGUUCAUUCUCCAAAGGAGAUUUUAUAGUGGAAUACAGGGGAGAUUUGAUAAGCGAAGGUGAAGCUCAAAAGAGAAGAAUUUAUAACCCUGCAUGUUCUGGAUUUUUGUACGCGUUCAAGUUGGGAGGCAAAACAUGGUGCAUUGACGCCUCGAAGGAAGAUGGUUCUUUCGGCCGCCUGGUGAACGAUGACCACAGACAUCCCAAUGCCAGGAUGAAGAGAAUAGACAUUGCAGGAAGCACACACCUCUGUCUUUUUGCUCUCAAAGACAUAAAAGAUGGUGAAGAAAUUGCACAUAAUUAUGGAGGAGAGGACUGCCCAUGGCGAAAGCAGAUGACUACAUGUGAACCUGAGACGUCCUGUGUGAGCUCCCAGUCUGUGCUCAUGUCAGAGCCACAGUGGGAUGAAGCUGCCUGGUUAGAGGACACUGGUCAACAGAUGACUACAUGUGAACCUGAGACGUCCUGUGUGAGCUCCCAGUCUGUGCUCAUGUCAGAGCCACAGUGGGAUGAAGCUGCCUGGUUAGAGGACACUGGUCAACAGAUGACUACAUGUGAACCUGAGACGUCCUGUGUGAGCUCCCAGUCUGUGCUCAUGUCAGAGCCACAGUGGGAUGAAGCUGCCUGGUUAGAGGACACUGGUCAACAGAUGACUACAUGGGAACCUGACACGCACUGUGUGAGCUCCCAGCCUGUGCUCAUGUCAGAGCCAAAGUGGGAUGAAGCUGCCUGGUUAGAGGACACUGGUCACCAGAAGAGGAAACUGUUGGAGGCACGGAGGGGGAAUCAAAUCCCAGCAAAACAGAGACGCAAACUGCCACCAGCAGAAGAUGGAGCAUCUUCUACAGUCUGUGCUGUGAGCCAUGUUCUUCCAAAGGCUGCAGGAAUCGGUCUGUUUCUUUUCUUUGUAAACUGACUCGAUUGCAGCUUUUCUGCACCACCGCCUGGUCUCGUCUGCUUUCUAGGUGAGGCGUAGUUCCUCUUGCGUGUUUCAACUAACCUAUUUGUUUGUCCCUGUGAUGACGUUAAUUUUCAUGGCUACUUGGAUGCAUGUUAAUGCAGGAGUCAACCAACAGACUGAGAGUGGAACACUCCAAUCAAUCAUUUUUUUUAUAGCACCUUUCAUACAGUUAGUGCAGUUCAAAGUGCUUCACAGAUGGCUGAGAAAGCAGAUAAUAGGACAUAUAUUAAUUGAAGAUGAAAGAAAGAUUGCAGACAAAGGAAUUAUGACAAGAAAAUUAUAAUGUUAAAUAAGAAAAAGAAAGCUGCCAUAAUAUCGAAGACAUAAUGCUACUGUUGCUAAAAAACAAAAAUAAGGAAUUAAUAUUAUAGUCUCUAAAUGAAAGUGUGUGGCAUGUAAUACAAUAAAAAGUUUUUAGUUGACACUUUACAAUAAGGUGUACUAAUGAGCAGAUCACUGAGGAUUGUUGAUGCAGGACAUGAAACUUAUAGGAACUGUAUCUCCUUCCUGAUACUUUCAUGUAAACAUCUGUUUUUCUACUCAUUUACAGGAAAGGCUCCACUCAAAAGGGAACCAUGGCAGCCAGCAGAGAUAAAGGCCGUCGAGAGGCACAUAAAGGCUUUAAUACAUGCUUGCACUGUGCCAAAAAUGUCUAACUAAACUAAAUCUGUAGGUGGCGAAGAAGUUAAAGCUGCGUCACGCUUUGAACUAAACACUUUUUCCAUCUAGUGUCGACUGGGUUUUUGGAUUGUCGGUGCCAUUAAAGUAGCAUUAAUAAUCGUCGUAAUAAUCCUAACGAUUAUUAAUGCUACUUUAACGGCAUAGACAUUCCAAAAACCCAGUCGACACUAGAUGGAAAAAGUGUAUAGAACAAAACGUGAUGCAGCUUCCCUUUUUUUCUUCGCAACCUACAGACUUUGUUAUGUACGAUUAUUCAAACACGCCAUGUUAUUUAAUAUAGACAUUUGACCGAGGGAAACGGAGCCUCAGAGGUCGAACUUAUUCUCUCGAGGUCUAUGUGACUUCCAUUUAUAUUGUGACUAUUCUGUAUCUUGAUGCCUCUUCCUGGCCCACAAGGAUACACCAGCAGGUUCUGACAUGUAUUAACCGCACUCUGAUGGCUCGAGUCUGUGCGUGAUGUGUGUCUAUGCUAAUGUAUGUAUGUGCUGGUAUACUUUUAAAAAUAAAGUAUCAAUGCAUCUAAUUCUCCAUCCGUCUCUGGUGCUAUUUACUGUGGACCCACACCUGUUUGGGAGAUCCCUCCCAUGUGUGAGGGUGGCAUCGAUGGUGUUGGUAAAAUAAAAACCCAUACACACACAUAGUGCACGGUAAUAUCAUGAAAUAAGUUGGUAUCACGCCACAUAUAGAUGGUGGAUGGCCAAGAGGAACAUUUGCAGAGGGCAUGGCCGCCCCUGGUUCCAGGGGCUCUCGGAAAUUGAGAGGUUAAAACACCUUGGCCCUCUGGCUAUACUCUAUAUACUCUCCUCGGGCUAUAUAUAUUUAUGUACAAUCAGGUCCCCAUUAGUCACCAAAUAAUCUGUGUGAAAUAUUCUAAUUUAUGUAAAUGAUGUCCCCUGAAAGCAUGUUUACUGGUUCUUCCGGAAGUCCCCAUAAAGCCUGGUUAAACCAUCACAAAACUCUGAAACAUCAUUUCAGAGUUUUGAAGUUGUGUAUAGGUUAACUAAGCUAUGGCAAGUUUACUGAAUUUUUUUCAGCUCUCUACAACCUCUGGAAAGGGUGGUCCUCACAAGUGAUGAUUAUAAAGGUCGUCCUCAUGAGUGAUGAAAACCAGUAUGUGUGUGUGGGUGUGUG